AUGCGUUACCUUCCAUCCCUUGCUAAGCUAUGUAGGAGCUUUCGAUUGCGCAGCAGAGAAUUUCUUCGGGAAAAUACACUCCAUGGAUUCAAUUACUUCGUUGAUCCGAGUCGACCUGUUUGGGAAAGAGUACUAUGGUUCCUAUGCACUCUUGCCUCGUUGGGCGCAGCAAUCUGUUCGAUUGCAAUUACCCUCAUAAAAUUUACAACGGCGCCGAUGCUGACAGUGGUCCACAUGCCAAAAAGCGACGUCCCUAUUCUAUUUCCGGCUGUAAUCGCCUGUCCAUCUUCGGAAUACUUGGAUCUGCGUAAUUACACUGAGGAGGAGAGGAACACUCUCAUAAAAUUGUACGACUGGAAUUGGAGGGAACUGGAGAUCCCGAAGUCGUUUAAAGUCACGCCUGACCUGCGACAUUUGUUUGAGAAUUCUAUGCCGGACUGCAAGGACAUGUUUCGAAAUUGUAGCCUCAAGGAUAUUCGUUUCCACUGCUCUGCAAUGUUCGUCACCGUCAGUACACAGCAAGGGAAGUGCUGCGCCACCCGACCCUUCGAAAUGACCAUUUACAAGGCGCUUCCUACCAUCAAAUUUAUCCCGAUAUUCGACAAAAGGAUGAAUCUGUAUUUUCAGCCGCAUUGGUUUCUGCCCCGUGGAGGCCCAAUUAGUUACCGACUAAUCCACAAUGUCUCAUUCUCUAUAUCCAUGCAAGUAACAAUAACUCAGGAAGGAGCUAGGCUGUUUGAUGCGAGCACUCGUGGUUGUAUAAUGCCCGACGAAGGUACAUCCCCUUCAGAGUGUCAAAUCGAUUGUCAGAAGGCGGUGUUGAAGGAGGAAUUGAGCUGUGUUCCCUGGUGGAUCAAAGGAGACAGCACACCCACUUGUCGUCUGAGCGAGUACAAUAAAAUUAUCAGAAGUAGAACCAGAUUCGAUAAAUGUUAUGACGACUGUCCUCUGCUCUGCAACACUACCUGGUACAAUAUCGAUAAAAUACAUUUGUCAAGUGAAAACGUGACGUCAAUCUCCGUGAAGCAUUGGCCACUGGUGGGGUACAAGAGGAAAGUCAUAUUCGGGUUGCUGGAACUUCUCGUAUCUUUCGGUGGAAUCAUGGGACUUUUCCUCGGAUACUCAGUCCUUACCACCGUUGAAUUCAUCUAUUAUUUUACGCUGCGACCUUAUUGCGGGGCUAUUAUAUCCGAGGAAGAACGUAAUGUCGAGAGUAUUCGAGUUUUUAUUUUACCGAGGAAAAGGAAACCUCUGGACAGUUACAGUCAUCGCAGUUUUCAUGUGGAAUAG